GCGAGCCAUUUACAGUUUAUUCUGGAACACCUUGUUAUCUUCUAACUACUAAAAAUGUGCCAUAACAUGAACAUCUUUCUUUAAACCAGAAUCUUACUGUAUUUUCUGACCCACCACAUACAAACCAAGAUUAGGAGCAGCAAUUCUUAUCUAUUGUCCGUUAUGGCCUUUGUGCAGAUAUUUGCUGCUGCGGCCGCAGGUUUCCUGUUAUUUAGAAAAAUGCAAGACCCCCCCCAGACAAAACAGUAUAUAAAGCUGCAGGUUGGACUGUUGGAAACUUCUGCUGUUCCUCAGGAUCUUCUUCUCACUGCGCAGGUACCACAGUUUUUAUAUUGUGCUGGUGCAUCAGGAAGACCAUGGGACCAUCCACCAUAUUCCUUGUGUCUCUGUUUUCCCUAUUGAUCCCGGCUCACUCGGCCCCUGAUCCCACCCUGGACUCUCACUGGCAGCUGUGGGUUAAAUCUCAUCAGAAGACCUAUAAGGAUGCGGAGGAGGAAGGUACAAGACGGACCAUCUGGGAGGAGACACUGAAAUAUAUCACAGUCCAUAACUUGGAAUAUUCCUUGGGACUCCACACUUAUGAGGUUGGGAUGAACCACCUGGGAGAUAUGACAGGGGAGGAGGUGGCUGCCACAAUGACAGGUUACAUCAGCUCAGACCAUUCAUUGGCCAAUGUGACUCAUGUACCCAAAGAAAUAUUAAAAGCUCGGCCACCGGCAUCAAAAGACUGGAGAACCGAAGGCUGUGUCACCCCUGUGAGAGAUCAGGGAUCAUGCGGGUCUUGCUAUGCUUUCAGUACCGUGGGGGCUCUGGAAUGUCAAUGGAAACUGAAAACGCGCAGACUGGUCACAUUCAGCCCACAGGAACUGGUGGAUUGUUCCUACACUGAAGGGAACAACGGCUGUGAAGGGGGAAAUUUAUAUUAUUCUUUCAGAUACAUGAAUGAGUUUGGUGUUAUGGAGGAUUCCGAUUAUCCAUAUAAAGAAAAGGAAGAAACAUGCAAAAAGCACAAACCAAAUGGCAUUGGAGUUAUAAAGGCUGUGAAAGUAGUACCUUCUGGCAAUGAAAUCGUUCUUAUGAAAGCCGUGGGAACAGUAGGACCUGUGUCUGUUGCCAUAGAUGCCAGUCGUCAAGGGUUCCGUAUGUACAAGUCAGGUGUUUAUUAUGAUCCAUUUUGCAAAACCACCAGUAUGAACCAUGCUGUGCUUGUGGUUGGAUAUGGUAGAGAAAAUGACAUGUCCUAUUGGCUAGUUAAGAACAGCUGGGGAGUCGGCUUUGGAGACCAAGGAUACAUUAAAAUGGCUAGAGAACGUGACAACCAUUGUGGAAUUGCCAGGGGUGCUGCCUAUCCAGUUGUCUAAAGCCUGGUCCUGCCGGACUAGAUUGGCUAAUGGAAUUUUAUCCACGAGGAACUAUUUCUCUUUUUUUAUGCCUAUGAUAUUAUUUUGUGUUUUUCAUUAUUAAAGGGGUUGUUCACCUUCCAAACACUU